UACCUGGCUCCAACCAUUGUGCAGCUACAAUGUCAUAUGAAUGACCUGUUGGAUGAGAGCAUAAAGCCCACUGCAGCAGAGGGUCUCAUUACAUGCCGACCCCUCAUAAAGAGUAUCUUGGAGUCACUGAACACAAGGCAGGUCCUCUGGAGAAGAGGGACCACAUACUCUCCACUGUGCUGGUGCCAAGAUUCAAGCUAGACUGGGUCCAAGAUGAGGAGAAACGUAUGCAGUACAGAUUGAUGCUGAAAAGAGAAUUUCAAACCCUCAACUCUGAUGACUCAGGUGCAAGAGACUCAGGUCAAGCCCAGUCCAGUGAUGAAAGUGACAAGAAAGAUCCUGCAGCGUCAUUCUUCAGAUUUAACAAAAAACCUCAGGUUUUUAAAAAAUCUGAAGUGGACACCUAUUUGGAUGCCCCAACCACAGAUGGGUUUGAUGAAUACAUGCAGUUUUCAAAGCUCAGAAGGCUGUUCAUAAAACACAACACUGCCCUGCCCUCAAGCGCUCCAGUAGAGAGGCUCUUCAGCAUCGGUGGUCUAAUAUUCAGACCCAGGAGAAACCGGCUGGGAGAUGCCAACUUUGAGAAGCGGCUGAUGCCAACAAAAAUAUUUGAAGGAAGCAAAAACCAGCAGAUCCACCAGGGAGAGACCACUGUGACCAAUGACAGGAUCUUCAUUCAGAUAAGGGAUUUUCGGGCUGGACAGAAAAUAACACUGUUCUUGGUCCUGCACACUUUUCAUUAAUUAUUAUUAUUAUUAUUUUAGUUAUUUAUGUGGACUGUAACCAGUGACAGAUAUUCAUUCAGUUAACGUAUUUUCACUCACUGGACAGAAAGUAGAAGCACUGUCCAUGGCCUUGGACUCUAAGUUAUUGUUUUUAUUUUUACUUAUUCAUUGGGCAAACAAGCCAACAAAUUUAAAAGUGACUUAAUAAUGUUUAAAUGUUUUGCACUUUGAAUAUUGCACUUUCAAGUUCAACCUUAAUUUCCUACCUCAGCCUGGUUCCUACCUCAGUUUGUGUUAGUAGAAUGGUCUUGAGGGUUUUACUAUUCAUGUAACUUGUUUGAUGAACCUGCCUGAUAUAUUUUUCCAGGAUUCCAGUAUUCCUUUUUAGUAUGUACUGAAAUGGAAUUUGAAAUUUUUGGACACAUUUGCAC